CGUGGACUGCAAACACGCAAACUGUUUGGCAGCGCAGUGAUGAGUCCAUCUCAGUCGCAAGGUCCUGCACCAUAGACUCUCUACCAGUCGGACGCCAUCAUGAACCUACUCGACCUUCCGUCCGAAAUUUUCGCAAUUAUCAUACACGAGUACCUACACAAUGACGGCGGAUGGGCUGCGGCAGUUCAAGCACGAUACAUAUGCAAAAGCUUCGCGGUCGCAAUUUACAAUGACAUGUUUGGUCGACACUCCGCAUAUUACUACCGCAGCUUCAACGCGGAUCGGAAAGAGCGUCUACUCGGGCCAAAUGUGCACACCAUCCUCUUCAAGAUGGGUCCCGCCCGCUUCCGCUCAACGUACAUUCUUGAUCACAUGGAAGCCACGGUCAAUUUCCUCAUGGAAUUUUCGUAUGAUCAAACGCAGGCGCAGCGUGAGCGCUACCGUCUGGCUCUUUGCAACGCGAUAUCGGCGGCCCUCUCGGUAAAGGAGAUUCUUGCCUGUCUCUGCUUUGGACCAUCAGACUACUCGGUCAAGGUUCGGAGGAAUAUGGGCCGCACGGAUACGGUAGGCAUGCUCGCUGCUGCCGCUGCCGUCAACAGUGAGCCCGCCCUUCGUUUCCUUCUUGACAAGGUAUACGACGUAGGCCUACGUAGUCAGCUAUACGGCACGCUGCUUACCGCCGCCGCAGUCAACGGGCAUCUUCACUCCGCUACUUUCAUCUAUGAACGUAUGGAAUAUGGUAUUUACAAGCACAACCAGCUAUACGACGCGAUCGACACAUGCAUGAACAUGUAUCACGCCACCAUACUUCCUACUCUCAUGUCCCGGUACCUCGAGUAUUGCAACUCCAAAAGGUCGACCAGGGAAGUAAAACAGGGAUGGGCCGAUUGAGCUCUUCUGAACGGUGUACUAGACGUACUACACUUUUGCUAUGAUCCCAAGAAUGCACUCAGGUGUGAACGCCGAUUAGAAGCAACGCCCUUCUUCUUGGCCUGCCAAUACGGUCAUGCGCCCGUCAUCCAGUACCUGCUUCAGAUCUAUCCCACCCUCAGAAGCGCGAUCCAUACUUGUUGGAAGGGUU